AUGGUAAUGAAAACCGUCUCCUACACAGCCGACCAAGUAGCAGUGCUGCUGGGAAAAUGCGGCGCCAUGAGCCACCUGCUGCAGGCCCACGCACUCCUCCUCAAGUCCGGCCUCGCCCGCUGCCCCCGCCUCCAGGCCAAGCUCCUCACCCUCGCCGCCCUUCGCUCCUGGGGCAGCCUCUACCACGCCCGCUCACUCUUCGACGCCGCACCUUCCCCCGCCAUCCCCUACCUUUGCGACCCCAUGAUCCGCGCCUACUCCCGCAGCAUAUCUCCCCUCGGCGCCAUCCCCGUCUACAACCUCAUGUCCCGCCGCGGCAUCCCUCCCUCUGCCUUCACCUUCCCCUUCCUCCUCAAGGCCUGUGCCCGCGCAGCCUCCGAAGCCGCCGACGCCGAGGGCGCUGGUCUCUCCUCCGUCGCCCUCGCCCUCGCCCUCGCCAGGAAGGGCUCUGAGAUUCACUGCCGGAUCCUCCACCUCGGGUUUCAGUCUGAUGCAUUGGUCCGCAACUCCCUGAUGUCCAUGUACUCGCAUUGCGGCCACAUUCACGAUGCCCGCAAUCUGUUCGACGAAACCAGCGAGAAGACCGUCGUCUCGUGGAAUGUCAUGUUAGCCGCGUACCACCGUGUCGGAGACCAUGACGCGACGGACCGCCUCUUCCACUCGAUGCCCGAGAAGAAUGUCGCGUCGUGGAAUAGCAUGAUCACGCGAUACGUCCACUCCGGCGAUAUAGCUGCUGCGAACAGGGUCUUUCUCCAGAUGCCGCAAAAGGAUGCCAUCUCGUGGAACUCCAUGAUCGCGGGUUACGUCCGGGUCAAGAGUUACGGGCGCGCGUUGGAGCUGUUCAAGCAAAUGCGGGCGAGCAAUGUCAAGCCGACUGAACUGACGAUCGUGUCUGUUCUUGGGGCAUGUGCCGAGGCCGGUGUGCUCGAUCAGGGUCAGGAGAUACAUUUCUACCUAAAUAACAAUGGCCAUAGGAUUGAAGGGUAUGUAGGCAACGCUUUAUUGGAUAUGUAUGCAAAGUGUGGUAGCUUGAAGAUGGCCAAACAACUGUUCGACACUAUGGGCUUGAAACAUGUGACUUGCUGGAAUGCGAUGAUCAUGGCUUUGGCUGUUCAUGGACAUUCUGAGGAGGCUCUCGAGCUGUUCGCAUCGAUGGAGAGGGAGGCAAGCCAUGGGGGAGCAAAGCCAAACCGGAUCACUUUUCUUGGGGUAUUGAUUGCUUGCAGCCAUAAAGGGCUUUUAAAGGAGGGACAAGCAUUCUUCAAGAGAAUGAUCCAGGAGUACAAGAUUGAGCCUAAUAUAAAGCACUACGGUUGCAUGGUUGAUCUGCUGAGCCGGUGCGGCCUGGUGGAAGAAGCCUACCAAAUGAUUAAGCAGAUGCCUAUCGAGGCCAAUGUAGUGCUGUGGAAGACAAUUCUUAGUGCUUGUAGGGUCUAUGGGAAUGUUGAAUUGGCAGAGAGGGCAUUCAAAGAGCUUGCUAAGUUGGGGUCUCCAAGUGAUGCGGAGUGUGUUAUAAUGUCGAACAUCUACGCAGAAGCUGAAAGGUGGGCAGAUGUUGGACGACUGAGAGCCGGGAUGAUAGGCUGUAGCAUUUCAAAGCUUCCAGGUUGUAGUAAGAUUGAGCUGAUCUAA